GUGAUCGAGGUGAAGUUCGUGAAGCUGGACUUGGAGCCCGACACGUACUGUCGAUACGACUAUGUGGCCCUGUUUAACGGCGGCGAGAGGGACAACUCGCGGCGGAUUGGGAAGUUCUGCGGAGACAGACCACCAGGAACAAUAGUGACAAAUGGGAACGAGCUGCUUGUCCAGUUCGUCUCCGACCUCAGCAUCACCUCAGACGGCUUCAUGGCGCACUACAACAGCGUGCCUCGCGGGUCUCGGACGCCCACCGCCGGCGGAGACUUCAUCUACGGACCUCAGACGACCUCAACGCCACAAAGAUCAGCGGUGAAGCCGAUCAAACCCACAAAACCACCAACCAAACCUAAACCAACCCUCAAACCCAAACCCACCCUAAAACCAGCCAAAAGACCGCUGGUGAAGAAACCGCCACCGCCACGCAAGCCUGCUGUCAAGCCCACGCCAAAACCCAAACCAGCUAAACCCACGCCGAAAGCGCCUGUGAAAAAACCCAAACCCACACCCAAACCGAAGAUCGUUAAGCCGACGCGCAAACCGAUCAUCAAGGCGAAACCAACGCGUAAACCUGCACUGAAGACCAAACCCACCUUAAAACCUGUCAAACCAGCGAAACCAACCCCGAAAAGCAAAGCGAAACCAACCGCCAAACCCAAAUUUAAACCCAAAGUGACGCCUAAACCUAAAGUCAGCAAGACGGUGACGAAGAAGCCUCUUGUGGGCAAGAAACCUUUACCUCUGAACCCGCUGUGCACUCAAACCUGUAAGAGGACGGGAACUCUCCAGUCCAGCUUCUGUCCUCAUGACUUUGUGGUCACAGGUAAGGUUACAGCUGUGAGCCCUGGUGAGAGGGGCUCAGCCACAGCGGAGGUGUCUCUAAUCAAGGUCUAUAAGGCAGGACGCCUGAACAUCACCAAAUCAGGACCCAUCAUGUCCGUCACACUGACCUCCACCUGCAAGAAAUGCCCCGGGCUCCUCCAAGGACGGAACUACGUGUUGAUGGGAAAAGUCGACGCUCAGGGCAGCGGCCAUCUCAGCCCGUCCAGCUUCACUCUCCUCUAUAAGCCCAUCCACGCCAAAGCACUGGCCAACCUCGCACGCAAACCGUGCUGACAUCACGGCCCAGCCCACCAAUCAGACGGACAGCUCCGACUAUCUCUCUGAACACAUGUAACUUUACAAAAAGAGUGAAAAUAUUAUGAGUAAUAUCCAAACUUAAUUUUAUACAUAAUGCAAUGCUGUCAUGAGAAAUGAUUCUUAAAAACAUACAUUAAAAAGCAUUAUAUUUUGUAUUUUGUAUAUAAAUUAUAAUAUUUCUGUGAUAAAAAUGCACAUCAAUAA